UUCUCAAUUGUUAUUAAUUUAUUCAUCAAUUUAUGGACUUGAUUGUUUAAUAAUUCGAGAGAAUUAUUAUGAUUAAAAAUGUGAGCGACGAAACGAUCGCGAGGUACCAAUUGGCGAAAAGAUUUGACGCCUCGAAAUUGCGAUUUAUUUGGGGAACACGAAGUGGAGAUCGUGAGGACCUGGCCCCGGGGAUGAGCACAGCCCUGACAUUCGUCUUCAAAAGUAGAAGUCCUGAGGAUUACGAGGAGAGGAUAGUAAUUAAUGUUGAAGGGGGAUUUCCAGUAAUUAUCGAUGUCUCGGCACACAGGGAUCCUCCGAUAUUGAUAGGUAUCCCCAUUCGCGAGAUACGUGCAUAUAACAAAAGUUCGGUUUCGUUACUUUGGAGUGGAGAUGUAACGAGCUCGAAAAAUUCAUCUUCUGACGCCUCGACAACUCCAGGUGAUGAUCUCCAGCAGAUUCUGAGCCCCUGGAGGGGAUCGCCGACGUCCUUAUCAAACGAGAUGGAACUGGACUGCAAGAAUAGUCUAGUUGGUGACGAGAAGCUCGUGGAAACACAACUGACGAAUUUCGGAUCGUCCGGGAGAUUUUUCCUCAUCUCCGAGGCAAACUGGCACUGCAGGGACAUCACAGACCUGACAGACACCUGCAAGCUGCUGACCCCCAGCUUCAGCCUCUGGCCUGCGUAUUUUCACCUGGAGAAUAAUCAGUCGUUGAUCCUAAAAACUCUCUUCACUCCGGGACACCCUGGCCUCCACGUGGAGAAAAUUUUCAUCGUCUGCGACAACAUCUCCGUCGAGUCCUUCGAACUCCUAGGGGACGGCGUCAUGUUCCACUGGGAUUUCCUCCACUUCAGUGAAAACCUCAGGAGACAAUCACUUCCAGAACUCGAGGACAACAGAUUCUCCAAUUUCUUCACAGCACAGCUCCACCCUGAGAGCCUCUCUGUUCUCGUCGCCGUCUCGAAUUUAUCAGAAUUCGAUCUCAAUUUUCGGUGGGAUGUCAUCAAUGAUAUCUGCCUCGGGGUUCUACCAGAGAGUGGAAUUCUUCCAGGAAAUUCCACUCUGACUUUCGACGUCUUCUCCAGGAAUUAUGACUUGUGCUCGGAAUUCGUCGAGAGUAAUUUACAGCUCGUCCUCGAGGACUUGCCUCCGCAGGCGAUUCCUCGGGAGUACCAGGAAUUCGUUGAGGCGUCCAGGAGGAAGUGGAGAUUUCCAGACGUGAGUUUUUAUUCCUCCAGGGAAUUAUUUCAACGGGGAAUUCAUUCUCAGCUUUAUUUCCAGGCUGUGGAGAUAUGUGUCGCCAACGUGGGGGUUCGCCUCCCCUCCAGGACUCACUCCAUCAUCUCCGAGGAGAUUUCCUCAGGAAAUCGUGACGAAGAAAAUUUUUAUUCGGAUUCUAUCGAAAAUUGAAACUGAAAUUUGGAAAAUCGCUUCUAAAAUUCAGAAUUCCUGAAAAAUUCUCCAGGAUGUCUCCUGGAAUUAUUUACCCUAGAGAAAUCCACCAGAAUUUAUCUCGCACCAAAAAUUUAUUCUCUCACAAAAUAUUCUGCGAAUAAUUUACAAAGAUCAAUAAAAAAAUCAUACAAAACACUUCCUGGAGCUUCUCCAGGGAGUGGGAAGAA